UGACAACAUGAAGGUGGAUGGAAACAUGAAGGGUGGAACUGUCACUUCCAAAUAGGAGGGCGUCUCUCCAAGCUUCAUUGUAUAACUGAGCUAAGAGACCAAGAGGAAGAUGCCUCCCAGGCCAUCCUCAGGGGAGCUAUGGGGCAUCCACCUGAUGCCUCCAAGAAUUUUGGUGGACUGCCUACUACCCAAUGGGAUGAUUCUGACCCUGGAGUGUCUCCGUGAGGCCACACUCAAUACCAUCAAACAUGAACUGUUCAAGGAGGCUAGAAAAUAUCCUCUCCAUCACCUUCUACAGGAGGAGACGUCCUAUAUCUUUGUCAGUGUUACACAGGAAGCAGAGCGGGAGGAGUUUUACGAUGAGACCCGAAGGCUAUGUGACCUUCGGCUGUUCCAGCCUUUCCUCAAAGUCAUUGAACCAGUUGGAAACAGGGAGGAAAAGAUCCUUAACAGAGAGAUUGGUUUUGCGAUAGGGAUGCCUGUGUGUGAGUUUGACCUUGUGAAGGAUACUGAGGUUCAGGACUUCAGGAGAAACAUCCUAAAUGUUUGUAAAGACUCUGUGGAGCUGAGAGAUGCCAGUGGUCCUCACAGCAGAGCUUUGUAUGUUUACCCACCUAAUGUAGAAUCAACACAGGAACUUCCCAAACACAUCUAUAGCAAACUUGACAAAGGUCAGAUUAUUGUUGUAAUAUGGGUGAUUGUUUCCCCAAACAAUGACAAACAAAAGUAUACACUGAAGAUCAACCAUGAUUGCGUGCCUGAACAGGUAAUUGCAGAGGCCAUCCGAAAGAAGACGCGCAGUAUGCUGCUGUCCCCAGAGCAACUAAAGAUGUGUGUUCAGGAAUAUCAAGGGAAAUACAUCCUUAAAGUUUGUGGCUGUGAUGAAUAUCUCCUUGAAAAGCAUCCCAUUAGCCAGUAUAAGUAUAUUCGUAGUUGCAUCAUGCUGAACAGGAUGCCUAACCUGAUGCUCAUGGCUAAGGACAGCCUUUACACCCAGUUGCCUACAGAUAACUUUGUCAUGCCGUCAUACUCUCGACGGAUCUCCACGGCGACGUCCUAUAUGAAUGGAGAGGCAGCUUCCAAGUCGCUGUGGACCAUCAAUGGAACCCUACGAAUACGAAUCCUCUGUGCCACCUAUGUUAACGUGAAUAUACGAGAUAUAGAUAAGAUAUAUGUGAGGACAGGAAUUUACCAUGGAGGUGAACAAAUGUGUGACAACGUCAACACACAAAGAGUACCCUGCUCUAAUCCCAGGUGGAAUGAGUGGCUCACCUAUGACAUGUACAUCCCUGACAUCCCCCGAGCUGCCAGACUUUGCCUCUCCAUCUGCUCAGUCAAGGGCAGAAAGGGAGCAAAAGAAGAACACUGCCCUCUAGCUUGGGGUAACAUCAAUCUGUUUGAUUACACUCACACUCUGGUGGCCAACAAGAUGGCUCUGAAUCUCUGGCCCGUCCCUCAUGGUCUUGAAGACCUCCUCAACCCUAUAGGAGUCACUGGUUCCAAUCCCAAUAAGGAAACACCGUGUCUUGAGCUGGAGUUUGACCACUUUAGCAGUCCUGUCAAAUAUCCAGAUAUGAACGCAGUAGAAGAUCAUGCAAACUGGACCAUCUCCAGGGAACUGGGGUUUAACUACAACCUCUCAGGACAGAGCAAUCGCGUGGCCAGAGAUCAUGCCCUCACGGAGAGUGACACUGAGCAGCUGAGACAGCUGAGUAACCGGGACCCUCUGUCGGAAAUCACUGAGCAGGAAAAAGAUUUUCUCUGGAGACACAGACACUACUGCAUGAACAUCCCCGAAAUUCUUCCCAAGAUUCUUCUUGCAGUAAAAUGGAACUCCAGAGAUGAAGUAGCACAGAUGUAUUGCCUGUUGAAGGAAUGGCCUUCUAUCCGUCCAGAGCAGGCCAUGGAGCUGUUGGAUUGUAAUUAUCCAGACCCUAUGGUCAGGCACUUUGCUGUCCGCUGCCUUGAAAAAUACUUGACUGAUGAUAAACUGUCUCAGUACCUCAUCCAGCUUGUACAGGUAUUAAAAUAUGAGCAGUAUCUCGACAAUCCGCUGGCUCGUUUUCUCCUCAAAAAAGCUCUGACCAAUCAAAGGAUAGGACAUUUUUUCUUCUGGCAUCUAAAGUCAGAAAUGCACAAUAAAACUGUGAGCCAGAGGUUUGGGCUCCUUUUGGAAGCUUACUGCAGAGCUUGUGGCAUGUACCUCAAACACCUGAGCAGGCAGGUAGAGGCCAUGGAGAAGCUCAUCAACCUCACUGACAUCCUCAAACAGGAAAAAAAGGAUGAAACGCAAAAAGUCCAGAUGCGGUUUCUUGUGGAACAAAUGAAGAGACCAGAUUACAUGGAUGCUCUGCAGAACUUCACAUCUCCUCUCAACCCUGCACAUCAACUGGGAAAUCUGAGGUUAGAUGAAUGCCGAAUCAUGUCAUCAGCAAAGAGGCCGUUGUGGCUUAACUGGGAGAAUCCUGACAUCAUGUCUGAAUUACUUUUUCAAAACAAUGAGAUCAUCUUCAAAAAUGGAGAUGAUUUGCGCCAGGAUAUGUUGACAUUGCAGAUCAUUAAAAUCAUGGAGAACAUUUGGCAGAAUCAGGGACUGGACCUACGAAUGUUGCCCUAUGGCUGUCUGUCACUGGGAGACUGUGUAGGUCUUAUAGAGGUAGUUCGAAACUCCCACACCAUCAUGCAGAUUCAGUGUAAAGGAGGUCUGAAAGGAGCCCUGCAGUUCAACUCAAAUACUCUGCAUCAGUGGCUCAAGGACAAGAACAAGGGAGAGAUGUAUGACAUGGCUGUGGAUCUGUUCACAAGGUCCUGUGCUGGCUACUGUGUAGCUACAUUUAUCCUGGGGAUAGGAGACAGGCACAACAGCAACAUUAUGGUCAAAGAUGACGGGCAGUUGUUUCAUAUAGAUUUUGGACAUUUCCUGGAUCAUAAGAAAAAGAAAUUUGGCUACAAGAGAGAACGGGUACCCUUUGUACUGACACAAGACUUCCUCAUCGUGAUCAGCAAGGGAUCCCAGGAGUGCGCAAAGACCAAAGAGUUUGAAAGGUUCCAGGAGAUGUGUUACAAAGCUUACCUGGCCAUUCGUCAACAUGCCAACCUUUUCAUUAACUUGUUCUCCAUGAUGCUCGGCUCUGGCAUGCCUGAGCUACAAUCAUUUGAUGACAUCGCUUACAUCCGAAAAACGCUGGCUCUAGAGAAGAGUGAACAGGAGGCAUUGGACUAUUUUAUGAAACAGAUGAACGAUGCUCACCAUGGAGGAUGGACCACCAAGAUGGACUGGAUUUUCCACACAAUUCGGCAACACGCGCUAAACUAAUGCCUCAAACUCAAACAGAAUUGUUUGGUUCCAACAUGGAGACUUACUAUACUCA